CAAAGAAUAAAAUUUGACUUUGACUAUUUACACAUGGUAUAAAGACAUGAUUUCUUCUUCUUCAGUGUCCGUCUCAAACAUAAAAUUCACAACAUGUCGUCCGAGUUCUCCGACUCGUUCACUCAGCCAGGCGAUGACUCAGUUCCCACCACCGGCUCCACUCGUCCUUUCGACGACGAUGGUUACCUAGGGUACGACCCCCGCCUCUCCUCCCAGCGAUUCGAAUCCUUCUCUGCCCCUCAAUUCGUCGACUCCGAGUCAAUCAAGGACUCGACCACUGACUCACCCAUCUUCCACCACAGUUCAACGGUUGACGACGGGUUCGCGGCGCAAUCGGUUCCUGAGGCCCAAUCUCCGCCAUCGGUCUUUACCCAAUCGAACGGGCAGGACUUCGAUGAAGGGUUUGGUGGAUCGGGCGGUCCGAUUUUGCCUCCUCCGUCAGAGAUGGAACGCGAGGAGGGAGUGGCUCUCAGAGAAUGGAGGAGACAGAAUGCGAUUCGGCUAGAGGAGAAGGAAAAGAGGGAAAAAGAGUUGUUGAACCAGAUUAUUGAUGAAGCUGAUGAAUACAAACUUGAGUUUUACCAGAAGAGAAAGACUGUUUGUGAAAACAACAAAACUUCCAACAGGGAAAAGGAAAAGGUAUUUCUGGCCAAUCAAGAGAAGUUUCAUGCUGAGGCUAAUAAGAACUACUGGAAAUCAAUAGCUGAGCUUAUUCCUAAAGAAGUGCCAGUUUUAGAAAAGAGGAGAGGGAAGAAAGACCAAGAAAAGAAGCCAUCUGUUGUUGUUGUCCAAGGUCCAAAGCCUGGCAAACCAACCGAUCUUUCUAGGAUGAGACAGAUACUUGUAAAACUGAAACACAGUACACCUGAGCACCUAAAGCAUGCUCCACCACCACCGCCGCCGCCAGUUGCUUCCCCAUCAAACGAGGCUAAAAACAAAGCUGCUUCCGUCCCAGCUGCUCCUGCUAAGGCUGUUGCUGUUGCCUAAUAGAAACGUUAGUCUGUUUAGGUUAAAUUAUGUAAGUUGUACUUGAUUAGAAUGUAUGGUGUUCAUUGAAGUUUGCCUCUGGUGUAAUAGUCAACAGUAUUUAAAUUUUACCUUUUAUGUAUAAGAAUUUGGCUAUUUGAAGAGGAUUCACCCCAUGUGUGUUAUAUAUGAAUAUAUAUCGCGUUUGUUUCA